CUCUCUCUACUCUAUCUCUCUCUAAACCUCUCUCUCUCUAAACUUCUCUCUCUAUAUAUGCAGUAGUGUUUUUACUCUUUCCUCCGCUUGCCCAUUUCGGCUGAGCAGCAAUGGAGUUAGUAGAGAGAGCAGAAAGGCCAUUGAAAUUGGUGGAAGUGGGGCUCAAUUCGUGUAGAAAUGCAGCGGUUUCCUCUGAAUUUGGGGUAGCUAGAGAGAGAAAGAAGGAAGGCGAGAAUCAGACACGAAAAGCAGCGGUUUCCUGUGAAUUUGGGGUAGCUAGAGAGAGAAAGAAGGAAGGAGAGAAUAAUAGAGAGAAGAAGAUGAAGAGGUGGAGUGAUCCUCUCAGAGUCUUUGGGCCAGACCUGUUUCUGUUGAUUCUGCAGCGUCUGGAUGCACACAGCGUGGCACGAUCCCUCUUGGUCUCCCGCGGGUGGCGUAGAGUAGCCUCUAGCGACACCCUCUGGGCCAAGAAGUGUGAAGAAUUGUGGUUGGGUAAGGCACAUAUUCCUCGCAUGUCUAUGGUGAAAGGAAUAUCAAAAUUAUCCGCUUACUCUGUCUCCAUUAUGGAUAGCAAACGUACCCGCAUAUUAAGGGAUGACCUCUGUGACCAUGCAUGGGAGUUCCGUUUCAAAAAGACUGCUCCACCUUAUUGGCUCAAUUUGGAUCCAUCUUGGAGAUGCACAGGGCCUCCCAUGCACCGUUACUUCCACCCUGAUGGUACUCAAACUGCAGAUCCUUUAGAUGGAGUCUGGGGAGGCCAUGAAAGCACUUACUGCAUAGUCACGAGUUUUGUAGAUGAUGAGAAAAUCAGAGAGCAUUAUGUACGAAUUAACAGGUGGCCUCGCAUGUCUGUUUUAAGGAAGGAAGACUGGAGUUGGGAGUUGGCCAACCAGUUGUAUUGGUACGCAAGUGUCCCUGAUGCCAAUAAGGAGGGAGGAACUGGACCCAUGUUUCUGGUUCGUUAGGAUGGAAAAUAUGAGUAGCCUGCUCAUUUCUACUGUAUGUUCUUUCGUAUAUUUAUAGGUGGUUAGAGAGGGAGAGGGUUAUCUGAAUGUGCAUAUUUUGUAUAGGUUUCUUUCUGGUUAUCUUCAUGUAGUUCGUAUAUUUAUGGGUGGUUAGAGAGGGAGAGGGUUAUCUGAAUGUGCAUAUUUUGUAUGGGUCUCUUUCUGGUUAUGUUCAUAUACUAGAAUCUUGGUACUCAUCUUGGCAUGCUUUUGUAAAUAGAUUAUGAGGAAGGAAAAAGUUUAUACAA